GUAGACAGGACAAGGUAGACUAGGGACAGUAAGCUGAUCAGCAGACUAUCAGGAUGUAUUUAUGACCCCAGAGACAAUCCAACGAUUAAAAAGGUGGAAAGGGAGGUCAUGGGAAAUGCACAGAGUGGAGGGAUUCCCAGAGAGAUCCUGGAUGACCUCAAGCUGACCACCAGGUUCUCAGAAUCUGAGAUCGCCCAGUGGUAUGAGAACUUCCAGAAGCAGUGUCCUACAGGUCGCAUCUCACUACAGCAGUUUGAGGAGAUCUACGCUAAAUUCUUCCCCGAAAGUGAUGCCAAAGCUUAUGCCCAACACGUUUUUCGGUCCUUUGACACCAAUGAUGAUGGGACAUUAGACUUUAAAGAGUAUGUUAUUGCACUUCACAUGACCUCCUCAGGCAAGUCGACCUUGAAGCUGGAGUGGGUCUUCUCACUGUUUGAUUUGGACAAGAAUGGUUAUGUCACAAAACCUGAAGUGACUGAACUCAGCCAGGCAAUUUUCAAUCUCAUACCUAAAGCGAAGCAGGCAAAUCUUCCCAGUGAUGAGAGCACGCCAGAGAAGAGAGCAGAGAAACUCUGGGCCAUCUUUAACAAAAAGGACAAUGAACGAGUCGCAGAGGGAGAGUUCAUCGAGGCCGUUCAGUCAAAUGAAGCUGCGCUACGGCUCAUUCAGUACGACCAUAAAUGA